UUUGGCAACAGGGCUAAUCAUUUUCAUCUAUUUGCAAUAAAUACAUUGAUUACGUCCGAUCGCACUAUACCUCCAAUGUCAUUAUAGUAUUCGACGGAUAUCCAGAAUUUAUAGCAGCUCGUAGUACAAAGUAUAUCACGAAAAACUGCUUCAGUAGACAUACUUUACGACGAAACAAUGACGCCAACUGUAUCCCAAAGUAAAUUACUGGGUAACGAUGCAAAUAGAACCGCCUCAUUGAAAUGUUGAAGAUAAAAUUUGAAGCUGAACACUUCAUGGUUAAACAAGCCACCGAAGAUGCGGAUACGUUAAUAAUUAAUAUCGCAAUAAACUUCUCGUUCUUUUGACAGCGCUAUCAACGAAUCCAAAUAUAUACAUCCUUAAACAAGGAAAAGGAAAAAUUUCACGUCAAAUAUACUCCAUAAACAGUAUAAAAGAUAAAACAGCCUCAAAUCAUAUUUCAUUUUUACAUGCCUUCAGUGUUUGUGAUACCUCAUCGACAUUAUUUUAUCAAGGAAAAAUGAAAUUUAUUAAAGUACUCCAAAAACCCAGAUUUAAACGAAGUUAUCGAAGUAUUUAAAAAUCCAAAUGCAGAUACAGAAAACAUUGCUAAAGCUGGAGAACGUUUCCUUGUCGCAUUAUACAGCUACAGAGAUGUGAAAAGUCGGUACGUCUCUAAAUAAAUAUAGAUAUGCAUGCUUCACAGCAUCAGCACAUAAGAGAAAAUUCAAUAUUGCGUCGCUACCAGUUAUUAUCAAAAAACUACUUUUGGGCGCCAUACGAGGUGGCAAAGUUGAAAUUUGGCAAGAGUAUACCAAAAUAUAUAAAAUUGCCAAAUUUCAAAACUCCCGGAAAACUUUACAAGUAAAAAUACUAAAUGACUGUACUAUAAAGGAUAGGAAACUAAAUCAAAUCAUCAGGGAUCAAUCCGACAACGAUUCUCUAUACAUAAACCAACUACAAGUGAAUACAACAAUCAAAAAACAUUUUUUAUAAACAGGAAUGGCUUACCCAUUUUACAGAGAACAUCUCCGGAUGGUAAUCCAGUUUUUUCCGGUUCAUAAGAAGAUUUUAUUAAUAUGGACGCCGAGAUGCCAAUUGCGCCUACGCCCACUGUGCGUUCCGCCGUCACGGUUCCGCGCCCUAGAGCUACCCCAGUAGCAGCGCCGCGCACAACCAUCGCUGCCGCACCUCCCCGAGAGGCUCCAUCGGCUCCACGCAGUGAGCCGCAAGCAAUAGGUUCAGCGCAGCCACAGCGUCAAUGCGUGCUGUGUCGACGACGACAUCGGUUGCCACACUGUGGCAUCUUCAAGGGGAUGACACCUCAGCAACGCCAACAGGUCGCCCAGGCCCACGGCCAUUGUUUGAAUUGUCUGGCGCCUACUCAUCUAACGAGCGAAUGCACCACCGGGUAUCAGUGCCAGGUGUGUAUGGGUCACCAUCACACGAUGUUCCACCGCAGUACCGGACCCGACGUCGAACGUCAUCAUGCCCCUCGCGGCCGUACUGCCAGCCGACGAAUCCCGCGAUCGCAACCGCGAAGGCAAGCCUUCCCUUCGGAGGAGUCCCGUGCCUGGCGCCAUCAUCCCCAUGCCACCCCGCAUCGAAGGCGCCAUCCUAGGCCGCAAGCGCGUCGUAAGACAGGCCUCAGCAACGUUGUUGCAACACUGCAACAACUUCAGAGGCUACUAGGCUAGAUACUCGCCUAGGGGGGCCAGGAUGUAUAAAUGAGCAUCCUCCCCCGGACAUCCACCCACACACCACAUCAACUCAACUUCACAACACUGACACGCACCGUCACCAUACUCACCUCACCAAUCAUCACAGCUUACAAUCCACAUUCCACUACACGCCAACCACCCACAUCACACCAGCUGAUUCCACACACAAAAGGAGAAAAAAGGAACCAAAAGGAGAUCAGCAACUUCACUUCGUUUUGGAUCUCAGUAGCGACUUCUACUCGUGUGGAAUAUUGUCCCGGAACCUUUUAAUAAUUUUUAUAUUUUUUUUACCGAUACUUUAUACUCAUGUAUUACACAAAACCGCAUUAAAUACACAAGUUUGUAUAUAUACAUCAACUCGCAAAAACUGUCUUAAAUAUACCCGUUUACCCAUCUAUACAUACAUAUACCUAAAUUUGAAGUACGAAAAAGAAAAAGGUGAGUGCGUGCAAGAUUCACAUACAUACACAACUACCA